AUGUCGCUUCUCAAGGAGCAACAAAAAGAUAAUAGCCCAAGUAUGACCUCUGCCGAAGCGCGACCAGAGGAGCCCAAGAGCGAAGAGGAGCUCAAUGCGAUCACCUACGUCAACGCAACAACUUCACCUCUCCUCCUCCUCCCGGCAGAACUGCGAAACAUGAUCUUCGAGUACGCCAUGUAUCAUGAAACCAUCAACCUACACCAAAAAUACAAUAGGUGGACACGCAUCAGCGCAUCUGAGCCACGCCAUAGUGAACCUCUGCUCUUCGUCUGCCGCCAGAUUCACCUAGAGGUCGCCAUAUUACCCUACAAACUUAACGUUUUCUCCAUUACUUUCGAUCGCUAUGCCGAUCUCGGCGACUUUCUGAAACAGCGAACGCCAGAUCAAGUUGAUCUCAUGGUCAAAGUGGUGUGCAAGCUCACUAAUCACGGCCAUCAAGUGCACGUAGCAUCUGCUGCUAAAUGGAUGGCGUUUCUCAAGAAAAUGCUGGAGAAGGAGACUUGA